AUGCCUCUGGCUGAUGUAUUUGCGGGUUACAAGCCUGUCAAGUGGCACAGCAUCGCACGAUACUGUCUCGUUCUGCCAAUCAGAGCUGAAAACACUGAUAUCUGA